AAGUGUCGGCGCGUGCGUCCAAGAAGAGGCCGUUAGUGACGCUGUUCCUGUCACAGUGCGCAAAUGCGCAUCCAGGAGUGCGGAGCUCUGGCUGAGAGCGAGCAGAGCCACACCGGCGGGCUGAGAAACGAAACCUUAGGAAGGAAGCGAAAACAGCGCUCCAGGGGGGGCACUCAGAGCUGGGGGAAGGCCUGUGACGCAGUAGUGACCAUGGUUGGCGAACGCCGCAAUGGGAACCUGCUGGUCCAGCUCGGCCCGAAACUGCAGGCGUAUCCCGAGGAGCUGAUUCGCCAGCGACGCACCCACGACGGGCAGACGGAAUACCUGAUUCGCUGGUGCCUCGUCGCCAUCGACGAUGGCUCCACCUCUGGAAGCGGUGCCAGCGAAGCGGGCGGGACGGUCGGCGUCAGCUCCGGAGUGGGCGGGUCUGUGAGCGCCGUGUCUGGAGAAACCAAACCGGAAAACAUCCUGAUGUGGAUGUCAACAGAGGACGUGUACGCCAACUGUCCCACACUGCUGGGCAAGAGGAAGAUGGACUCCCAGCGCCCCCUGCAGCAGGAGAAGCAGCGUGGCGGCGAGGCUUCCGACUCGGGCAUUUCAAGCGGCACAGAGUUCCCGUCCGACGUUACCUUUGACGAGGUGGAGCUGUCGGACAUGAAGGAAGACGUGAAGAACCUGGUGUGCCGAGCCCGGAAGCAGAUGGCCAAGAAGAGCGACUUCUCCAUCAACAUCAUGCACACCAUCCACGUGUUGAGCGCCUACGCCAGCAUUGGCUCGCUCGUCGGCGUCUUUAAGGAGACGGGCGCGCUCAACCUGCUGAUGGAGCUGCUGUGCAACAAGGAGACUCAGACGAGGCGAAGCGCCGGGAAGAUGCUGCGCGCGCUUGCCUCGCAUGACGCAGGCAGCCGGGCGUACGUGCUGCUGUCUCUGAGCCAGCAGGACGGCAUCGAGCAACACAUGGACUUCGAUAACCGCUACACGCUACUGGAGCUGUUCGCCGAGACCACGUCGUCCGAGGAGCACGGCAUCUCCUUCGAGGGCAUUCACCUGCCGCAGAUUCCCGGGAAGCUGCUCUUCUCCCUGGUGAAGCGUUACCUGUGCGUCACAUCUCUGAUGGACAAGCUCAACACGGCGGGGGCGGAGUCAGGCUCUGAAAAGCUGGACACUUGCCCUUCUCCUGCCUCUUCCUCCAGCAGCUCCGCCCACCAGACGGAGCAGCUCCGUGUCCAGCGGGAGUUUGACUUCACCAUGGCCAUGGCCAACCUGAUCUCGGAGCUGGUCCGAGUGAUGGGCUGGGACCGUAACCGCCAACCGCUUGAUGGCUCUGCCCACCUCACAGGAGUUGUGGUUAGCGGGGAGGAUCAAGGGGAGGAGGCUUCCCGCCCUGUCCUCAGGUCCAUUUUUCAGCCUCGAUUCUGCGCCUCCCCUGUCACUCUAACCACCAGCUCCGGUGGCGCGGCCCCCGCCGCCACACCACCAAAGAAGAAAGCAAAUGGUUUCAAAACGCGCUCAGACUUCACCUGCCGCUCCGCCUACGUGGAGUACGUGCAGGACAACCUGAAGAGCGGCAUGAUGGUCCGCAUGCUGGAGGACUACGAGGAGGUGAGCGCCGGCGACGAAGGAGAGUUUCGCUACAGCAACGACGGCUCGCCACCUGUACAGGUGUACUGGAACUCCCUGUCCAGGACUUACUGGGUCCACUGGCACAUGGUGGAGAUCCUGGGCAGCGGCAGCAGCAGUCAGGCUGAGAAGGAGACACAGGAGAAGGCCUCGUCGCUGACAGAGACGCUCAAACUCUCAGCAGUGAGCCAGACCUUCUUCUCGAAGCCUCCCGGCGGUCUCUACUCUCUACCCUACCUGUCCGAGGGUCUGAACACGGAGCCGGUCACUCUGAGCAGAGCCGAGUGGUGGGAGAUCCUCUUCUUCAUCAAGAAACUGGAGCCGAAGCAGCAGCAGGAGGUCAACGGCGUCCUGCUGCAGAGCCUCGACGACCAGGAGGCGGAGCUGGACGACUCGUCUCUCAUCGGCCUGUCGGUGCCCGGAGACGUGGCCAAGAAGCUGCUGCACUACCUGAAGCAGAAGCUGCCGUCGUCGUGCCUCGGUGACCUGCUGUGCUCCCACGCCUUCACCAAACAUUACCUGAAGAGAGGCGGAGCCAGCCUAGAGGAUGAAGAGCUGCUGGCUGAAAGCUCGUCAGGGCUGGGUGGAGGUGGCGGAGGAGGGCAGGGCUUCUCGUCUGCCUCGACCUCCUCGUCCUCAGCGAUGGGCUCCGUCUCCAAAAAGGCCAAGAAAGAGCUUCCUGUGGAUUCAGGCUGCUGCAACUCGGAGACGGAGAGUGACCUACCCACAGAGGACGUCAGCAAAUACCCCGACGACCUGGAGGACAAGAUGAAAGUGUUUAACAACCCACGGGUGCAAGGCAAGAAGACUGUGCUGGAGAAGCUGGGGGAGGUGGUGGACGUCCUGAAGAAGGGCGGGUCGGGCUCAGACCACGCCCAGCAGCUCGCCGCCGUCCUCUUCCUCACCCGGCUGGUGGAGGGGGCGCAGGAGAAGAACGCCACGAGGAGCGACUCGGCCCAGACUGUACGGGACAAAGUGCUGAAGCUGCUGGUGGAGCUGCUCGGCUCCGCCUCCAAAGACGUGGUUGUCAGCACGCUCCGAUUGACCCACCUCCUCAUGCUCAAGUACGAGUGGAGGGUCUCCUUCGCCACCGAGGGUGGGGUCAAAGCCAUCCUGUCCUGCAUGCAGGAGUUCUCGGGCGUGGUGCAUGUGCAGCAGCUGGCGCUGGCGACUCUGAAGGUCAUCACGGGCGCCAGCAAACACGACCUGCGCAGCGUAGGCAGCAGCCCGCCGCUCUCCGAGUCAGGCACCCAGAUGAUGCUGGAGAUCUUUGCCAGCAUCGGCUCGGCCACGCCCGAGGGAUCCAGAGGCCUGCUGGACGCCAUUCCGGCCGCCAUCGACCUCAUGCUGACCACAAAAGGCUGCGUGCCGUCGGUGAGGAACGGGCUACUUGUCAUCAUCAUGCUCAUCUCCAACCACAAGAGCCUCGCGGAGCAGCUGGUCGCCUGCGACGUCACCAGCGUCCUGAAGAAGUGUCUGAGUCUGUCCCGCGCCGAGACCAUGCUCGCCAUCAUUGCGCUCAACCACAUCUCCAUGGUGCACAAGCUGGAGAGCAAAGAGAGCCGCGAGCAGCUCGACUUCAAGGACACGGAGCUGCAGAUGCUGGUCGUCAGUCUGAAGGAGAUGACGGCCACCAAGGAGGUGAUCCAGACGCUGGAGCAGCUGCUGUGUGACGACGCCUCACAGCUGGAGGAGGAGCGCAGCCAGGUGACUCACAGUCGGGACACCUACCAGGACCUGGUCCGUCUGAUUGAGCAGCACCGAGGCGAUCGGGCCGUCCAGCUGUCCAUCCUCAGGAUCCUGAACAAGUUCCUGGACAACUACCAGGAGGACGUGCUGCCGUGGCACGAGAGCAUCGAGCCCUGCCUGUCCUCCAUGACGGCCUUCAUCAAUGACAGAGAGGUGGUGCAGCUCUUCAUCCGCUUCCUGUACCGGCUGGCGUCUCUGAACAAAGACUACGCCGUGGUCAUGUGCCGCCUGGGAACCAAGGAGGCGCUGGUGAAGGCGCUGGACAAGCACAGCACCAACCUGCUGCUGGUCACCGAGCUCCGAGACCUCAUCACCGACUGCGAGAAGUACGCCAGCCUCUACAAGAAGAUGACCACCAGCGUCCUCGCAGGAUGCAUCCAGAUGGUGCUGGGGCAGAUCGAGGAGCACCGUCGCAGCCACCAGCCAAUCAACAUUCCCUUCUUCGACGUGUUUCUCAGGAAUCUGUGCCAAGGGUCCAGCGUGGAGCUGAAGGAGGACAAAUGCUGGGAGAAGGUGGAGGUGUCGUCCAAUCACCAUCGAGCGAACAAGCUGACCGACAAGAACCCGAAAACCUACUGGGAGUCCAACGGCUGCACCGGCUCGCACUUCAUCAACAUCUUCAUGCACAGAGGCGUCAUCAUCAGGCAACUCGCCAUCCUGGUGGCCAGCGAGGACUCGAGCUACAUGCCGGCCCGGAUUCUGGUCCUGGGGGGAGACGAGCCCACCAACAUCAACACGGAGCUCAACACGGUGAACGUGCCGCCGUCGGCCAGCCGCGUGGUUCUGCUGGAGAACAUGACCCGGUUUUGGCCCAUCGUCCAGAUCAGGGUCAAGCGGUGCCAGCAGGGCGGUAUCGACACCCGCAUCCACGGCUUCGAGGUUCUCGGUCCGAAGCCGACGUUCUGGCCCGUUUUCAAGGAGCAGCUGUGCUGCCGGACCUACCUGUUCUACAGCACCAAGGCCCACACCUGGUGUCAGGAGGUGAUGGAGGACAAGACGCAGUUGUUGCAGCUCUUCAACAACGCUCUAAGACAUGAGCAGAUGUUAGCCGAUCGUUUCCUGCCGGACGCCGGCGCCGAAGCCCUGGGUCGAACCUGCUGGGAGGCUCUGAUCACCCCCAUCGUUCACAGCAUCACAGUCCCAGAAUCCUCUGCGUGCAGCCCUCUGUCCUGGUUGCUCAGUGAAUAUCUGGAUAACUCGGAGGCGCCUCGCCGCUGUAAGAGUCGGGCCACCAUCUUUAACUCCCGAGUGAGGCGGCUCACGCACCUGCUGGUCCACGUGGACACGAGCCGAGUGGACGGCGAGGAGCUCAAACCGCCCGUCAAAUCCACCGCCUCCACCUCCUCCUCCUCAUCGUCCUCAGCCAAACCCAAAGUGAAGAGCAGCAGCAGCAUCGCGGGCAUCGCCCUCUGUUGGCAGGGAGUGGUACAACGCCAGGUGAAGAAGUUCCUGGAGGCGAGCUGCACUCUGCCGGACUUUGUGGAGCGAUAUCGGCGGCUCUACCUUCGGCUGAAGAACGCCAUGGAGGAGCUGUUUGGCCAGCAGACCGCCUUCGUCCUUGCCCUGCGGCACGGUUUCUCCGCCGCCCUGUUGCAGCUCUCCAUCCUCAGAGCUAUGCACGUGAGCGAGCGCUUCGCUCAGUACAUCGAUCAGAUGAUCCAGGCGAGCGGCAUGGCAUCCGGCUGUGUGGAGACUCUGGAGCGGCUGCAGCAGUUUCUAGAGCCGAUGCUCUUCCUGUCAGGCCUGGAGCUCGCCAGCACCUUCGAACACUUCUACAGGUACUACCUGGGCGACCGGCUGCUGGCUCAGGGGAACGUGUGGCUGGAGCACGCCGUGGCGGAGCAGAUCGGCAGUUGCUUCCCGAGCCGCUUCCCGCAGCAGAUGCUGAAGAACCUGAGCGAGUCGUCCGAGCUGCAGCAGGAGUUCCACCUGUACCGGCUGCAGCAGCUGGACCGCAGCCUGCAGGAGCACGACCAGGUGAUGGAGGAGGAGUGGGCGGAGUUGGAGGAGGAGGCGGAGGUCCAGGUCCUGGUUCUGUCGCCGCGCUGCUGGGCCGUCUCUUCACUCUGCUACCUGGACGAGCCGGCGAAGCACCUCCCCCCGGAGCUCUGCUCCUACCUGAACCAGUUCACCCAGUUCUACACCCACAGUCAGUCCAUAUACGGUCUGAGCCACUCCAAGCCUCGGCGGCUGCAGUGGACGUGGCUCGGGCACGCCGAGCUGCAGUUCGGCGGCUGGACGCUGCACGUCUCUACGCUGCAGAUGUUCGUGCUGCUGCAGUUCAACAGCCAGCAGGAGGUUCGAGUUGACGCUCUGCUGCAGGCAAGCGGCCUCUCCGCCACCGUGCUGCUGCACGCUCUGCUGCCUCUCAUUGGCGAGGGCGGGCCGCUGACCUGCAGCCACCCGGACGACCCCGCCCGAGGUGUGCUGCAGCUGAACGAGCAGGUGGCGUCUCGCAGCCAGGAGGGCGCGCCGGCGUCCGUGUGGCUGCUGCCCAAACAGACGUAUCUGAACGUGGACGAGGACGCGGCGGGCACACUGGAGAGGAAGAGGAACUACAUCUACUGCCUGAUCGUCCACAUCAUGAAGCAGGAGAAGGAGAUGCAUAUCGACAACCUCGUCUUUAAGGUGCUGGACUCGUGUCAGAAGCAGGAGGCGUCGCGCUCGCCGGGCUCGGGCCGUUUCAGCUGCAGCACCAGCGAUGUCCUGUCCUGCAUCAUGCACGUCAUCAGCAAGGGCUGCAUCCGCCGCAACGACGAGAACCCGCACAUUGUGGAGUUCGUCCCCGAGGACCCGUCCACGCCGCAGAAGGGCCAGGCCCAGUUCUCCUAGCCGGGCCGACAUCGGGAAGGACGCCACCUCCGACAGCCGGGCCGACAUCAGGAUGGCGUUCUUGAUACCGUUCUUUUCUCGAUGGGUCGCACGAUGACGCAGGAUGAAGUUCGUCAGCUGAUGCAGAGGACGGUUCAACAGGUUGCGGGGACGCUGAGUCUGGACCUGGACCGGGCCGAGCACCUCCUCAUUCACUGUAAGUGGAACGUGGACUUGCUGGUGCAGCGGUACACCGACGACCCUGACGCCAUCAUCGUGGCCGCCGGACUCAAGUUCCUGAACCCUCAGACGCCGCCGAGCCCCGCCUCCACCUGCCCAGUGUGCCUGAGCCCGUGGAGCUGCGGCAUGGAGCUGGUGCCUUCGCUGAGCUGCAUGCACUACUGCUGCAGGUCGUGCUGGCAGGAGUACCUGACGGCGAGGAUCGAGCAGAACCUGAUUAUGAACUGCAACUGUCCAAUCACAGACUGCCAGGCUCAGCCCACCUCCCAGUUCUUCCUCAGCGUCCUCACUGACAAGGACACCAUCGCCAAGUAUGAGAAUGCCCUGCUGAGAGGCUACGUGGAGUGCUGCUCCAACCUGACGUGGUGCACCAACCCUCAGGGCUGCGAUCAGAUCCUCUGCAAGGAGAACACGGGCAGCAUGGCGACCUGCUCAAAGUGCUGCUGGUCCUCCUGCUUCAGCUGCAACUUCCCUGAGGCACACUACCCAGCGAGCUGCAGUCACAUGUCCCAGUGGAUGGACGACGGCGGUUACUACGAAGGGAUGAGCAUGGAGGCUCAGAGCAAACACCUCGCCAAGCUCAUCUCCAAACGCUGCCCGAGCUGCCAGGCUCAGAUCGAGAAGAACGAAGGCUGCCUGCAUAUGACCUGUGCCAAAUGUAACCAUGGCUUCUGCUGGCGCUGCCUGAAACCAUGGAAACCAACACACAAAGAUUACUACAACUGCUCUGCCAUGGUGAGUAAAGCGGCGCGGCAGGAGAAGAAGUUCCAGGAUUACAACGAGAGAUGCACCUUCCACCAUCAGGCCAAGGACUUUGCCAUCAACCUGGAGAACAAAGUGUCGUCCAUCAAUGAGGCUCUGCAGAUGAAGUCUCUGACCUUCGUCAUCGACGCCUGUAAAGUCCUCGCUCAGGCUCGGAAGGUGCUGGCCUACUCCUGCGUGUACAGCUACUACAACCAGGAGACGGAGAAGAUGGACGUGAUGGAGCAGCAGACCGAGGCUCUGGACUUGCAUACCAACGCUCUGCAGAUCCUGCUGGAGGAGACUUUGCUGCAGUGCACCGACCUGGCUUCGUGCGUGCGGCUGCUGAAACCCGAACACCUGAACACUGGACUCGAGCUGAUCCGCCGCAUCCAGGAGCGCCUCCUCGCCAUCCUCCAGCACUCCACCCAGGACUUCCGUGUUGGAUACCAGUCCAAGGGCAGCCAGGAACCAGAGUCCACUCAGUCCUCCAACCUGUCCAACCACGCCGACGCCAACAAAGUGUCCAAGUCGGACCGGGCGUCCCACUCCGGAGACUCUGACAACAACAACUACACGGGCGAGGAGGGCGGCGACGAAGCAGAGGAUGACGAUGACGAGUACGAUGAAGAGUACGUCCCAGAGUGGCACGAGGACUACGACGAGGACGACAUCGACGAGGACGACUUCUUCUCCGACGACGACGAGUCCGAGAACCUGGAGAGGGACUUCAGCCCCUUCGACUGACUCAGGUUUAAGAGCCUGAGGGCGACCCAGGUGCUGCCGUGACCCCGCACCCUCUGCACCGCCAUCCAACGCCACCUCAGGACGUCUGCGAGGGACAGACGUCCUCCUUCAUCCCGAACACAGCUGCACCCGCUUUCUCACUUCUGUAUCUCACUUCCUGUAUUUGCAUUCAGAGUACGGAAGCAGGCGAGGGUCAAAAUCAGGAACGAGCUCAGAGUUUAAAAAAAAAAAAAAAAAGAUUUCUACGUCCUGACGUGACCACUUCCUGUUUGUUCGCUCUUUAAAACUAGAACGAGCCCGUUUGGAUUAGUUUAAUUUGGUUAACCCCGGUUUAACUUGUGCUGACUUAAACCAGUUUAAACCAGUUCACGCUGGUUUUCCUUUUUCUCCUCCCUUCAGAAAAAUAGUUCACGUGAUAUUUUUACGACUUCUGAUUGGAGCUUCCGGCUCUGAUUUUGGUUUGUUUUCCGGCCGGCCUCGGUCCUGCUUCCGCACCUGAAUCAUAUGUUUGUUUUCCUGAAGAGUAAAGGUGAGAAACUGGACGGCGCCCCGGAGUCGGACUGCUAGUCCGGCUCUCGCUCGUCCUCCUCAUCGAGUUCUGCCUUCGGUUCUGCGUUUAACGGACGUUGCCUUCGUUAGCGAGUGAAGAAACUCACUUCCUGUCUCCGUGUUUGGAGGUUUUUACGUGUUCUGAGAGUCUGCGGUUUCUAUGCAUCUGAAAAAAAUCGAUGCUGAUGGUUCUGAUGGGUCGAGCAGAACUGAUCUCUAAUGUAUCACUGCAAUAAACGAGCGAUCGCUUCUCAUUUGCUAAGCAAAGACUGUCCCCUGCUCCGUUUGACGCUGUUGGACGACUUCCUGCCCUGCGGGAUUCUGGGAUGUCGUCUGAGCUCCAGUUUUGCUGUAAUUUUGAGAGAUCUUAUAUUCAUAUUAUUGAUGUUCUGAGAUGCUUUUCUGGUUUCUUUAUUGGAGUCGAGCGACUUCAGCUAGCAAAACUAAAUAAAAGCUUUUUCUGCUA